AUGACCGAGCAUGAUGGCAUGGCUCAAUAUUUCCAACCCUCGACCACACUGCCGUGCCGCGACUGUGUCGUUACCCUGCUGGAGAUGGGCCUUGAGCAUGCUGACGGACGCGUUGCUGAUGCCGAUACUGGCAUGUGGCUUCACCAUGGAGUAAUGGUGAACAGGAACCAGACGGAUGCUGUGUGCGGCAAAAGGUCAUAUGGCCAGAGAUUUGCAGCCUCGGGGAAUGAAAGGACGGCAAUUGACUUCUCUGCUGGAGGGUCCGUCAAGGCCGGCUACUACAUCGGACGGUCGGAUGAGGUCGCCCUGGCUAUUGAUCUGAUGAACAUGCUGCACUCGGAACCGCAGACGGACAUUGUUUUUACAAUAACUUACGAGUAUAUCCAGGGUCGCCAUGUUCAAUAUUUCACUGCGCUCACGCCCUACUGGAUGGAUGUUGGAGGAUGCAGAACCUCGGACGUACCCGCCUAUCGAGACUCGGCGUUCAACUAUUCCAGCCCCAUUUUGAAGGGUUCGCCACAGGGCAUAGUCGCCUUCGUCGGAGGCCACUUGCAUGACGGGGGAACACACAUCGAUCUCCUCAAGAACGGCAAGGCCGUGUGCAGUGUGAAGGCUUUUUACAAUCAGUAUCGCUACCUGGGCGAGGGGAAGAUGACGGAACACGUCUCUAGCAUUGAGUCUUGUGCAUUGAUGACAGAAACAACUCCAGAGGACGAAUGGUCUAUUACUGCAUACUAUGACACCCGCGUGCACGAGCCCAUGGGGAUGAUGGAUGGUUCCCUCGAGCCCGUCAUGGGGAUCAUGCUCGUGUAUGUUGCCCCUGGCCUGGAUGUCGGUCACCGUGGGGCCACGAAAUCCAAAUGCUUGAAUAUUGUGCUCGGGCUUGGGAGCUUGACGGCCGUGGUUCUCUUGGUUGGUGUCUGGUGUUAUCUCCAAGGUCGUUGUGGAUUUGGGAAGAAGACAUGGACCACCAUGGCCACGCUGUCGAACCGGGACCGCGAUCUCGAACAGGAAGCAGUGGAGCCUCUGAUGAAGACGUGA